AAUGGUAUUCACACUCGGCUUGCCGCGACCUUCCGGUGCAACCAAGUGCAGCUUAAAGUGCAGCUGAAAAUUUUCCUGUAAUUUGCCCAUUUUUUGUUCUGGCAAUUGACAUGGCAUCGCGAAGAGGUCGACUGGCCAUUUUUUUAAUUUACGUCGCCGCGGUCAAUCAGUUGAAGUUACCAUCGGUCUCGUGUCAGGAUGAGAUAAGCCACUGUCUUCCUCGUAAAACAUUUUUUGCUCUUCUUCGGCUACCAGAAGUCAGCUCGAAUCUCGCAGCUUACUCUAGGAACGUUAGGAUCAUCCGGGAUGAUCUAGUCAGUUUGAAGAGUUUGAGCUCUGAGGAGGGUGACGAAGUUGCUGAAAUAUGUCUACCCGCUGGGGUUUAUCUGGAGCUCUUCAGCGACCCUACUACAAGAGUACACCUUCGAACGCAGAAGAUGUUGGAGGACCCUGCAGCUCGCGUGUACGAUCCUGAGAUACUCGACGUGGACGACCUGGUCUCCUCGAAACGUAGUAUAGCGACUCUUGCUAAAAAUGACGACCUACCUAUUUCCAUCAGGGGCAGGAAUGAAGAGGAUGACGAGGAGAUCCGUACCAUGGAGUCGAGACAGGAGCCUCUAGACUUACUCCUGGACACCUUUUUGGCCGGAGAUCAUAGAACGAAGAGUGAACUAGUACGAGAUUAUGGUCUACCGAAUGGCGAAUUUGAUAUGGAGUCUCUAGGUAGGGAUUAUCCUCAUGGGAAACGUAACGUGGCUUCCCUAGCUAGGGAUUUUGCACUACCUUCCGGCAAAAGGAACAUCGCAGCCCUCGCUAGAGAUUACAGUCUGCCUAAUGGUAAGACGAACAUCGGUAACCUGGUGAGAGAAUACAUAAUACCAACUUCAGGAAAGAGGAACCUUGCUGCUUUGGCGAGACUUUACUCCUUGCCAUCUUCCGGUAAGAGGAACGUUGCUGCCCUGGCUAGGGACUAUGCUCUCCCCAACGGGAAGAGGUACCUAGGUUCUCUGGCUAGGUCUGGUGAUCUGCAACUAAAUGGACUUUACGAGGAGAAACGGAACGUUGGUAGCCUUGUAAGGAAUGGUGAUCUUGUACGCAUGGGAAAGAGGAACGUCGGCACCCUGGCCAGAGACUGGAGUCUUCCUACUCAAAAUAGAUAUGGAAGAUCUUUGGAUGCCAAGAAGACAAAGCUUGCUGAUCGGUAUGGAUCGGUAAAACAGGAAUUGAUUAAUCUUCAACGUCUGGGACACCAGGAAGACCAGGGUCGCAAGAAUCUGGAUGAUAGAACAAAGGUCGGUAAGAUUAUGACAACUGCUACUGACAAUAAGGCCCAUACGGAGGCUAAAAACGACUCUCAGAAGAUCGAUGAUGUAAAAAGGCCCAAAAGACAGAUUGACUAUUCGGAUGAGUAUCCUCUACCCGUUAUGCAAAAUACUAACGUUCUGGAUUACGAGGAGAUGAUCGAAGCUCUUACUGGAGAGUACCCAAAUACCGAAAAGAGGUUCAUGGGGACUGGUCCUGCGCUGGAGGUGCAGGACGACGAUACUGACCAGGGGGGUUAUUAUGGAAUAACCCACCCAAGUAAGAGACAUAUCGGGGCUCUGGCUCGUCUCGGCUGGCUUCCAUCUUUCAGGGCCGCCCGAUUUUCGCGCUCUCCGCGCUACCUGGUCGACAGGGAGGAUCCCGCAGAUGGGUCCACGUCCAACAACUCCCCCAACGCGUCGACUAGGACAUUAAGUUUGAAUCUUGGCACGAGAGGACGCUACCUGCAGUCACUUAACGGCGACUGCCGACAUGGUUUCAAGCGAUACUUUUUGUUACCGCGUAUCGAUAACUUCCUUCACCUUCGUAAGCUUCAAAACGUCCCCAAGAGCGCAUAGGUCAUCCUCGACACCGUCUAUCUGUAACAACAAUGAGUACAGUACUGAGAAAAACUUUUUCUCGCUAGCGGAUAGAGUGUAUUGGAAUCAGCUGUUGAAAAAAUUGCUUGUACAUAUAUAUUGACAAAGAUGAAUAAUCGUUGAAAGAAAAAUAGAAAAGGAUGCUGAAUGACAAAUAACGAAAGACGUUUAAAGAUUUUUCAAAAAUCUUCCUGAUCUAUUCAAUAUUCAAUCUCUCCGCUUUCUAUAAUCUUCUAUGUCGACUCAAUCUAUCCGUCUUAUACAAUUUCGUCUUUGAAGAUGGAAAACUUUUUAACAACUUUUUAUUCGUAGAUCCAUUCACACGUACGUGGCUCUUUGCAUAAGAGAAAUUUUCUGAAUUUUUAUGAGUGUAACCGAAUUUCAGUCAAAUUCAAAAUUCACUUAUCCACCCUGUCGUUAGUAUUAUUUUAACUGAAAUUAUUAAUAUUGUGUGGUUAGGAUAAUUUGUUUUCAUUGAAAAAUGCUUUUCGCUAGACGUACGUGUCACCAUCAUUUAUCUAUACGAUGUAGUAUACAUAUAUAGGUGCGUACUUAGACGCGUGUACUCCAUAUUUUUCCGUGAAAAUUCAAGUGUCAAAAUUUAAUUUAAAUAAUUAGUGUCUCCUACUCAUUCUUGUGGGAACAGACGGGACACUUUUUCCUCUAAAUUAUAUUGUACUUAAUGUAUGUGACGUGUAGAAAUAAAAUACGCGUAUUAUCGACCGUAACACGUAAGGUGGCUGGGGCGAUGAUCUCGCUGUGGAAAGUUUUCACGCACGACACAAAGUCGGCUAAAUAAUUGCUGUGGAUGACAUAUAACGAACGUACGAGUACUAUCUAGCAUGUAAUAUGUGUUUACAUAGACAAUAAUCUGGGCAAUCCGAUGACAAUAAAAGGAUAAUAAUAUUGAAGUAUAAUUAAA